AAGAAAACACACACAACCACAAAGGAAAAAAGAACUGCGUCUUUUAUAGGUGGAUUGGACUUAUUCGUUUCCGCAAAGGUUUGAAAGUUGAAAGAAAACAUGACGAUGACAAUUAACGAUCUUCCACAAGAUUUGGUGGAGGAGAUACUCUGCAGGGUUCCGGUGAAAUCUAUCGGAGUAGUGCGGUCUACUUGCAAAAACUGGAACGUUUUAUCCAAAGAUGAGAGAUUUGCCAAUAAGCACAUUGACAGAGCAGCAGCUGCAGCAAGAGAAAAGGAGUACCUUAUAAUCACUGCGGGGGGUUCCAUGGAUUAUUUGACUAGCGUCAAUCUCUAUGAAACUCGCAACAAAAACUUUGAUUUAUCCAUAAACCGUAAAGGAAUAAGUAUUGAACGAGAACAUUCAGAGGAAAUAGUCUUUAUAUCUCAAGCCUUUUUCUCCAAUGGUUUAUUGCUCUGUGUAUGGAGAAACAACGAAAAUAGGCUUUUGGUUUGGAACCCUUAUUGGGGGAAAAGAAGAUGGAUCGAAUGCCCACCACACUGUUUGAAUGAAAGGUUUGCUUUCGGCUAUGAUAGAUCUUGUGGUAGCCACAAAAUCUUGAGGUUCAGCAAUGAUAACCCCCGCAUGGAAAUCUUCUAUUUGAGGUCUGAUUCAUGGAGGACUUAUGAUGCCUCUUUUAACAGAAAUACAAUAAAGUAUAAUGAACCUGGCAUGUCUCUGAAGGGAAACACUUAUUGGUAUGUUACAGAUUAUGAAUCAGAAGAUGGUUUCUUACACUGUUUUGAUUUUACAAGAGAGAGUUUUGGACCGCGUCUGCCUCUACCUCCAUGCUCUCACUCCUUUCAUACUGUUUGACUAUCUUCGGUUAAAGAGGAGAAGCUUGCACUGUUAUUUGUCAUAUCUGGGCUUGAUGAUAUUUGGGUUACAAAUAAGAUUGAACCCUACGAAGUGUCCUGGAGCAAAUUCUUUAAAGUUGAAACGAUGCAACACAUUAACUCUCAGCCAUUUUUUUAUUGACGAGGAGAGGAAGGUCAUUGUGGUUUUUGAUAGAUAUGACAAUGCAUACCACAUUUGCGGGGAGAGUGGUCCUUUCAGAAAAAUGUAUCCCAGAGUAUAUAGUAAACUAGUGGUGUGUCCGCGCUACGCGCGGAUUGUUAGCUUUUUGUGUUAUUUAGAUAUGAAUAUUUUUUGGUGAUGUUGUUGUCUAGUUUUUGAUAUUCAACUGAUGUAGCAAUUUGUAUGUUUUUGUAUAAUUUGAAAUGCAGACAAUGUUUUGACAUUUGUGUCAAUGAGGUUGUAUUGUUGAUGUUUGAUGCGUUUAAU